UUGCGCGUCGUGCGAGAGUGGAAAAGCUCCGCCUGGCUGUCCCGGCGCUGGGGAGAAAACCCGGAAUCGGCGUUUCUGUCUCCUUUGAACUAAUCCUAGGAUGGGGGAAAAGAGGUGAACGUAGAAAGCUGCUUUUUCUCCCCCACCACACACGUUUCUUUCUUUCUUUCUGGAUCACAUAUCCAAGCACAUCCUUCACAGCCUUAGACAUUGUGGGGAAUACAGUCCCUUACACGGGCUUUCGGUCCCCCUAAAAAAUGACUUCCAUGCAAACCCUUCCUUGACCAUGACAAGAGUCUCGAGUCUAGGGGCUAAGGGCGAUUGAUGAAAUGCUUCGUACUUUAAAGCAUUCUCUUGUGCGACUUAGCUGAUUGCUGCUUGGGCCGCUCAUUUCAAAGUCAACACAGAGAAGGAAGAUAAUUCUAUUAUGGCUAUUCCCAUAGCAGUUAUUGAUUGUGACCUCUUGCUAUAUGGACGUGGACAUAGGACACUGGAUCGCUUCAAGCUGGAGGAUGUUACUGACGAAUAUCUUGUAUCUAUGUAUGGAUUUCCACGUCAGUUUAUUUAUCAUUUGGUGGAUCUUCUAGGUGCCAAUCUUUCUCGUCCUACUCAACGAUCCAGGGCCAUCAGCCCAGAGACACAGAUUCUUGCUGCACUAGGUUUUUAUACUUCUGGCUCAUUUCAGACUCGCAUGGGAGAUGCCAUUGGCAUUAGCCAAGCAUCUAUGAGUCGCUGUGUUGCCAAUGUUACUGAUGCCUUGGUGGAAAGAGCCUCUCAGUUUAUUCAUUUCCCAGAGGAUGAAGUGUCAAUACAACAUAUGAAAGAUGAAUUUUAUGGGCUGGCAGGUAUGCCAGGCGUACUAGGAUUGGUUGAUUGCAAUCAUGUAGCAAUAAAGGCGCCCAAUGCUGAGGAUUUAUCGUAUGUGAAUCGAAAGGGCCUUCAUUCUUUAAAUUGCCUGAUGGUGUGUAAUGCCAGGGGAAGGCUGCUAAGUGCGGAAACACACUGGCCAGGAAGCCUGCAGGACUGCACUGUGCUUCAGCAGUCGGCUCUAAGAAACCAAUUUGAAGCUGGUAUGCAGAAAGAUGGCUGGCUACUUGGUGAUAAUUCGUUCUUUCUUCGCACUUGGCUAAUGACUCCUCUGCAUAUUCCUGAAACACCUGCAGAGUACAGAUAUAAUAUGGCGCAUUCAGCAACUCAUAAUAUUAUUGAACGAACAUUCAGAACACUCCAGGUUCGGUUCCGUUGUUUGGAUGGAUCAAAAGGGACAUUACAGUAUUCUCCAGAAAAAGCAGGUAACAUCAUCCUUGCUUGCUGCGUCCUUCAUAAUAUCUCUCUGGAGCAUGGGAUGGAUAUAUGGUCUUCCUCAUAUUCAGAACAAGUGGAACAUCCAGAGGAAGAAUAUGAGCACAUGGAAUCUCUUGACUCUGAAGCUGACAGAGUUCGCCAGGAAUUAUUGCUUACACAUUUUAGUUAACCAAAUUUGAGAAUAUCAAGUUGGUUUUAAGAAAAAAGAUAGAAGGAAAUAUAGUUUGAGGGUUUUUUUAUAGAGUUUGCCAAAAGGAUAAUAUUAUUUAUCAGUACUUUGCAAAAAUAACAUUGAAUGUGUCCAUCUCUUAAAUAUUUUGAUUCUACUGUACAUGUUGCAUCUAUGAAAUACAUGGUUGUCUUCAAUGUCCAUCUUUAUUAAAAAUAAUUAAAGAUAUACAGUAACAUAAAAUCUAAUAGGUUUAUUUUCCUGAUAAAAUGCUUUAUUUUGAAGUUUUGCAAAACGUGAAAUUUUGUUUUCUUUGAAAUUAAAUUCAAAUUAAGUUCA